UGCGUCCUAGUGCAAAACCGUGCCUUUCAAGACGAAGACGCAACAGAUAUGGCUGCCCACUACUCUGUCAUCACUGUGUUGAAGGUUUUGACGAUCAUCACCACACUGAUGAUGCGAGUCUCACUGUUCCCAGACUGGAACCGAUGGCGAAAGAACCGAAGUACUGCGGACAUGUCAGUGCUGCCGUGCGUUAUGAUAUUCGGCAAUUCAUACGGUGCGGUGUUCUACGCCUACGCGAUCAGCAACUACUUACCGCUAUUCGCGACGUCAAUGCUCGGAGUCAUCGUUGGAGUAUUCAUGACUUACUCAUUUUAUAUUUGGGCUACUGAUCGGCGCGAGGUGGUGAGGAUCUUCGCCAUCUCCGCGUCCGUGUUCCUGGCGGUCACAGUCUACGGUUUUCUCGCGCUCAGUGGCGUUACUGGACAAUCAAACCACUCAACUGAGACGACUUUAGGUUUCAUCAUGGUUGGAUUCACGACACUUAUGUACGCAUCACCGAUGGCCACAAUCAUCCGAGUCGUACGAACCAAGACCGCGACGUCAAUGCCAUUCACCAUGGGCGUCGUGAACGUGCUGAACAGUUUCUGUUGGGGCGUCUACGGUGAGCUGAUUCGCAACAACUUCCUCUUGGUUCCGAACAUCAUCGGAGUGACGCUGAGUCUCACUCAGAUGCUAGUCACCUUCAUCUACAGGAGCAAAGAAGUGAAUGACAAGCAGUCAGUAGCUACCUCAAGUGAAGACCUGGUUGAUAUUCUUGUUGUUCCAGGCGAUGAAGACACUGGCAACGAUGCAGAUUGUACGAAGCUACCAGACUUUGUGGCACUACAAUCUCCUUAUCCUCAGGAUAAGUCGUGGCAGGACCCUAAACCGAACGAUAGACAGCAAUAAACGCUGCACUUCUCUCGCUACUGUGGUGUGAAGAUAAUAGUGCAUAAAGAAGAAGACACGAUUUAUAACCCUUAACAUAUUAUGAUAUUUUCUUUGUACGCUUC